GUUGCUUCUCCCUGGUAUAGACAGCUGCAGCCAAUCAGAAGUCUCUAUUCAUUGUAUACAAACAAAACAUUGUGAGCCCUGCAGCCUUUAAAUCGUCCUGCAGGACCCCAUGGACAUGUGUAGACCAUCAGCAGCAUCUCCUGUCAGACGCGUUUUUCCAUCCAAACUUCUUCAAAAUUACUUGCAAAAUGAACAUCAGAUGCAGAGAGUCUGUUUGCAGGAAACUCUUCGGUCCAGUGGACCACGACCAGCUGCGUCAGGACUUACAACUGAAACUGAAGGAGAUCAUGUCGCAGGACAGCCAGCGCUGGAACUUCAACUUCCAAUCUGAGACACCGCAGCUUGGCAGAUUUCAGUGGGAGGAAAUACCCACAGAUCGUGCUCCAUCUUUCUAUCAGGAGUCCCCACAGCCAGUGGUUGAAGUUAAUUCUCCAAGAACUGAGGAUGAUGGUAGUGAGAGCAAUAAUGAUGAACACCUUGGCACAAACCAAGAGAACUAUUUAAGUGUGUCCAACACACUCAAGCGUCCUGCUGAAAAAACGCCUACAAGAAGGAAGCGGUCACUCUCCAAACCUGUAGCAAAGUCCAAUGAUGCAAGAAUUACAGAUUACUUUGCAAAGAGAAGACGGACAGUAGAAGCUCAGAGCAUCAUCAGUCUUUUUCACACCAAUUUCAACAAGGAAACUCAGUGUCAGACAAUAAGAUGAACAUGCUUUGGAAAAUGUUUACAUGACUACUUUUGAUGGCCAGAACUAAGAAUUAAGAGGGAAACCAUUAUUUUAUUUUAUUUUUUAGUCGUGUCUA